AUGAGUGAAUGGAGGUCAAGCAAAGUAGAGUGGACUUCCAAUGUGGAUAAGGCACCUGGGCAGAGUCGCGCUAGACCGAAAGAGACUACGGGGCGUGUCGGCAGGGCGCCUGGGCCUGAGCCUAGAGGCCGCCUAGCCCUGAAAUGGUACCCGCGCUGUACAUGGAUCUCAUUCACUUGUGCUUCUUCUCCUCGUCCUCCUCCGCCACACACUGCCUGCGCAACACGCUGCUCAAUGCCCGGCUGGGCAGCCGUUUGUGUUACCGUCAGGACAUUAGAUGCAUUGCUCGCCCACGCAUCGCCCGGACUCUAUUACAGUGCAAGUGCACCCAGUGUGGCCGGUUUGUGUGGCGACCCCUCCUCCUCUCGAUCAAGGUUGAGGCGGUGGCCGCAUGGGCUGGCGUCCAUCCGUCGUUGGACGGCCGCUAGAAGUAUCCGUGUGUGCUCGAGUCUCAUACCGUCUGCGUUCCUCUUUUUGCUGCUGCUCUUGCUGGCGGCCCGUCUGCUAUGGCACUGCACGAUAUGUACGGCGCACGGCCUGGUGGAGAGGAACAGAGUUGACCAAGCUCCUCCAAAGGGGGGGAAGCUGCUGGCGCUGGCUGACGGGCUUGGACAGGUUCAUUUCGCCCUCGAGUUGUUUUAUGAGGGCAGAUCGAGUGCCCGUAUUAUUGGGCGGAUCCUGAUAUCUGGCGCCCUCGAGCUCGAGGGGCAGCCCAGAACGAAAUCGAGAGGAUCGUCUAGAGAAGGACAGUUCAAGCUAAAGGAAGACUUGACGAUCAAGGCGAAUCAACCGUCAGACAGUUUCGUUGAUGGAGUCAGCUUGUCUAUCCAAACUCGCAAACGUGACACGCUUCCAAACGCACAAAGAAGCACGAACAAAGCGCCACAGUCAUUGGCUCGAGUCCAAACCCCCAGGUCGGAGAGAAAGGUGUGA